CAGCCCAGUACCUAGCUCAGCUUUGAGCCCGGCUUGCAGCCCAGCCCAGCUGCGGUGCGUGUGACGCGGCCGGCCGGGCCCGGAAGGAGCUGCGUGGGGGCGGAGCGGGGCGCAGCCGCGGGGUUGCGUGUCGGUGCCGGCGGAGCGGAGCGCCAGCACCUCAGGCUCGGCAGCGGCGGACCAUAAGAUUCAGAUAUGUCCUUCAUAUUUGAUUGGAUUUACAGUGGUUUCAGUAGCGUAUUACAGUUUUUAGGACUGUACAAGAAAUCAGGCAAACUAGUGUUUCUUGGACUGGACAAUGCUGGAAAAACUACGCUGCUGCACAUGCUCAAAGAUGACAGACUGGGACAACACGUCCCCACGUUACAUCCCACUUCAGAAGAGCUGACAAUUGCUGGCAUGACUUUCACUACCUUUGAUCUGGGUGGACAUGCUCAAGCUCGCAGAGUGUGGAAAAACUAUCUGCCUGCAAUUAAUGGCAUUGUGUUCUUGGUGGACUGUGCAGAUCACGAAAGAUUGCUUGAAUCGAAAGAAGAACUUGAUUCACUAAUGACAGAUGAAACUAUUGCUAAUGUGCCUAUCCUAAUUCUUGGUAACAAAAUUGACAGACCUGAAGCCAUUAGUGAAGAGAGGUUACGAGAAAUGUUUGGUCUGUAUGGCCAGACAACAGGAAAGGGCAGUAUACCAUUGAAAGAACUGAAUGCAAGGCCUCUAGAAGUGUUUAUGUGCAGUGUGCUAAAGAGACAAGGCUAUGGAGAAGGCUUCCGCUGGAUGGCACAGUAUAUUGAUUAAUGCCAAAAUCGCAUCAGUACACUCUGUCCCGUGUCUGAAUAUUAAGUCUGCUCCUUAUUUGAUCACUCAGUGUACGUAACUUGAAUUCAUUUGACUGUUUAGUUAUAAAAAUACACAUUUUUAGCUAAUUAUAUCAUGUAAGCUAAAUUGUAAGUGUGAGGAUUGAAAAAUUAUUUCAAGCAAGUUUCACAACCUGUGAGCUUUCUAAUCCCAUACAACAUUCUUUUGCAGCUUUUAAUUUAACAAGUCUCCGGCACCACUUUUUGGUCAGAGCAACUUUCCAGUACAGUAUGUUUGAAUGCACUUUUUAACAGCUAAAAACGAUGAACAUGUGAAAAAUAUUUAAUGCUUAUGUUAAAUUUUUUUAUGUACUUUUUUGAAACUGGUUUUAUAACUUUAGAGUAUAUAACCAUCUUUCAAGGAAUAAUAAAUAACUAGCUGAUGGAUAAUUGCAUGAUGCCUUACAGUUUUCAAUAAUAUACUUUCUUAUGCAACGUCAUGCAAUAAAUUUAAAUCCGGUUUUUGGCAACUUUAAUGGAAAAUGUUUCAUUUUAAUGUGUCUUAACUAGCAAGGCUGCCUGAUGAUCUGAAUAUGUGGGAUAUUUUCCUGAAACACAGAAGGCCACAAAGUAGUUUCAUUGUAUGUUAGAGUUAAGGUGGCUUUUUUCAGACUACCAAAUUGCAUUUAUUUUAGGAUUUUUCGUUGGUAAAAGAAAAAUCUAAUCCAAUGCCCUUAUAACCACCACCCUUAAAAAGUACAAAUAAUGUAAAUCCCUGUGCCAAUGGUGAUCUUGAACUAAUGUCAAAAUUGGUCUUACUCUACUGGUCUCUUGAAUUAAACCCCCGAUGCGACACAAGAAAUACAGGUUGUUUUCUGAAGAAAUUAAGAAUACCAUUGUGCUAAAAAUUCUGUUCCUAAUUUAAUUAGAUUUAGGGUCUGCCAGAAGAUUUGCCUGUGAAAUUGCCAGGAGGGGGGGAGAAGUUGCCAUUGCUUCUUGUGAAAAUUUAUCAGCCCAUACCCAAUCAGCCAAUUUUAUUUUUGGUGUUUUGAACUGGGACAAGAUUGUUUUCUGUGGUUUAGCCCUGAAACCUGGCCAGUGUGCCAGCUGCUGGCUGCCCAGGUGGCUUAUUUCUGGGGUAAAAUUUGGUUAUCUGCAGUCCUCGUUUCCAGACUUCUGACUUUUUCCCCAUCUUUGAGUGCGUUAGUUCCCCGAGGAGAAAGCAGGUUAUCCUUAAAGGAGGGGUGCUGCGGUAGGUGUCUGUCAACACCUUGUUGAUGCUGGGUGACACUGCCACAGAGCUCUGGUUGGUGUUCCCGUGUGCCAGGGAGGUUUUACUCUAACCUGUCGAAUGCAGGUAGGGUAUGCAGGUAGGGUUUCAGCCCUGGAGUUGCAAUUUCACCGUGGUGGGUUUGAGUUUCGCUAUGUAGUUCGUUUCGCCCUUGUAAGAGUACGAACUGCUUGCUACAAAUGUUUUUGCUGAAUCCCUUUUACUCACUGCUGUAAGUCUUUGCCAGAAUACUUCAGGCCUUAAGUUUCCAAUAUCCAUGGCAGCAAAUGUAUUUCUGACUGGUUUGAUUUCAUAAAUAACUUUUUCUCUUGACCUGCUGGACUUGAAUCUCAGAUUUAAAGCCUGUAGGCUCAUAGUGAAUAAAUGAGACUUAUUCCCUGCCCAGAUCCAAACUUGUAUGAUUGAAUAUUCCCCACAUUCCUAGAUUGUGCAUCUGAAUAAGAUGAAUAAUUCAGAACCUAACUCAUGUAAAUUUUAACUGAAGUUUAUUACUGUACAGUCAUAUGCAGAGUGCUAAGCCUAGUUUGUGCAUGCUGAAGUUCAGAGUGACGGUAUUGUAAGAGGAUUCUGCAUUUACACUAGUGCUCAGCUGUAGAGUAGUGUCUCUGUGGCAUAAAUCAAAACCAGAGGUAAGAAAUGGCCUCUCACCGGCGUGUGGACAAUAUGUGAGUCUUUACUACCUACAGCUGUCAUGUAGGGGACAUGCCUUUUUUUUUUCCCCUCUAAAUUUUUCUAAUGAUGGUUAUAAUGCUGAGAGCAACAGCUAAAUCAGUAGAUGGUGUAAAUAAUAAAAAUACUGCUUGCAGUCACUGUGGUGUUGAUGCGGGAUACUUGGGACUGUGUUGCCUGUGCUUAUGGAAAUGAAGCUGGAGGUGGAGGUGUUCUGCUGCAGACUGCUUCCACGGGCUGAGCCGUUAUGUGGGCACUGAGAGGUCCUCUUCACCUGCUUUUUGAACUGCAGAUAACAUUAGCAGUGAGGAGAGGGAUGAUAGUAUUAAUUAAAAAAGAAGGGGGAUGAUACUGCUUUAAAAAGUGGGUGUUAAGAGUAAUUCUUAGUAUUAUGGAAAUACUCAGAUUUUGUGUUUCCUACUGUAGGAUGCUAGUUUCAGUGUGGUGUAAUAAGGGCAUGAAGAAAUCUGGACCUUGUGUUUAUCCACCUGGGUGUUGUAAUGGUUCCUGUUGUGGGAAUAGCUGAUCCACACUCAGUUAAAGACAAAUGAUCUCACUCUGUUUCGUUUCAUUCAGUAGAGGAAGUAUCUAUCUUCUGUAGUUUAUGUUCUGUUGUGCACAUGAAUGUGAAUGGGUGUUGUGUAUCUUUGUGUGAAGACUUCAUUAACAGACAAAUAGACCGAGCAGAGUUUUUCUGGUGGUUUUCAUCCCCAUCCCAUCCACAUCUCCCCAGCCAUUUAUUUCUGGAGGUUGCUUAUUCCUGUGAUUGUGACCACUCUUAACUUAAAGCAACAUUCACAUUUGGGUCUGACUUCUAUGAAUUUUUUUUUUCACUCUUGACUAUGCAGAUUUCAAUUAAACAUCACUUUAAAGAAUGUGAAAAAGAAAACUCAUGAAUAAAGAUGAUAUUUAU